CUGUCCAUUCGUGGCCGCACUUACGAGAUCAGACGUACACAAUUAUACUCAAUGAAUUUCAUAAAUAAUAGCCUCUAUCCAAUACUUUGACAAUUUCGACUUAUCCUUCCACUGGACUCAAGCCCCUACUGCUUGACUCCUGCGUUCGCUUUUUAUAUCGUCAUCUUUUACUUUGAUUCUAUAUAUUAGGCAACAACAUGUCACAUGGGAACCGUGGUCGACUCUUAGCAGAAUCAGACCUCAUUCAGAGCCAUCCAGCCCAACUGUCGACAUGGCUGAAUUUCCACGACAGCAAGACCUCACAGAGGAAGUAAGAGACCUCGAAGCGGAUUUUGCUGAUGAGACGAUGAAGCCAAGCGUGCCACCACCUCGCCCGACAUCCGAAGGCAUUUCUGAGCUCCUGGCAGCGGUUUCUAAACUCGAGAAACGCGACCAUAUACAGGUCGAGUCCAGCCGCAGGGAAGCAAAUCCUCUCACUAGUCCAUCUUAUCCUCCGAUAGGGGCUCCAAAACGAGUCGCAGAGAUCCUAGAUUCCCUCGCCAGUCUGUCAGUUUCUCAGCCGAAGCAUGAAGUGAUUGCGGUCGCAUUACGCGUGGAUUCAAGGUCUCACUCAAUGGAACUUAUCGUAUCUGGCAAUUCAGAUAUACUUUCAUCUACGCUAAAUCAUUUGAGAUUCAUAUGGACGGCAUUGAAAGCUCUAUCCGACUUCAUGUACGCCAACAAGCAACCAGGUCUCCAGGAUACAUCGCCUAAUGAGAAGACAAAAGACCCGGCCUUUCGAGCUAUUGUGGCUGAUUUCAAUCAUCGCUGUCUGGAAUUCACAUUCGCAAGGCUCCAGCAGAAAGUCAAUGGGAAAUUUACACAAUUUAUGAGCAUUCCAACAGCUGGUCUACCUUCAGAUCACCCCUUCAACUCUCUCAGAGAGACUCUUUCAUAUCUCGAACGUAUCUUUACGAGAAAGGAGGGAGCUAUAUACGGAAAGCCUCAUCAUGAUGACACAGACAACUGGAGACUGAUGUACAGCUGCCUGAGAGCUUUCUCACAAGCCUCGGGUCAAUUCUUGCGUGCGGGCGGUUUUCAGGGGAAAGAUAAGACGCGUGCCCUUGGGUUCCUGAAACUCCACACUUACAUUCAAAAGAUCGCUUCGAUAUUCAACAACAUCGAUAUAUUAGUGAAAGCCGCCAUAUCACCGAGAUCUCGGACCCUUUUCACGUGCAACCUGAGCGUCACUCCACUUGCAAAGCUAUCGGGUAGGCUGCCUCAUAUCGCUGAAAACGCCAGCGACUGGAAACGUGUGCUUGAAGAAUCUUUGGCAUACUAUAACAUGUCCAGCGAUCCUACCGAUCUUACCGGGGCAAGGCAAGUUCUCGAUCUGAAGGUCAUAGACGCAGACGCCACAUACAUGGCUCGGGAAGCCGUCUCCAAGGACGUUAUCGUCCACUGCGAAACGAGGUUGUUGGCAGCAAUCGAGAAAGCCCAGAACGAACGUGGGAACAUACCCAAGGCUUUCACGUACAUAGGCGUAUCCAAAUUGUCUUGCCACGGGUGUGCAUGCUUCUUUGCAGCUUACAACCGUGUACACGGAACAUCAUGGCGGACGAAGGCGAGUCAUGGGAAAUCAUACUAUCCAUGGAUGUUCCCACCAGUCGUCCCAGGAAAGGAUCAAGUUCUCACAGCAACCUACGCCAUUAUUUCCGCGAAAUGGGUCACUUCUUACAGAGGCUAUCGACAUAGGUUCGUGCCGUUAGUUGCUGUUGCUGAUUCUACCGUACGCGUGCCAGCACUCGAAUACUACGAUGAGGAGGAUCAGACUCCGGCUGAUAUAGAGGCGUUGAGAGAGAUCGUCAGGAACUUAUAAUAAUGAUAAUACUAGACUGUCCUUUGAACUAACUCCCUGGCAUCGCUCGAGUUCGAAGGACUCAUGUGGUAUCAUGCCACAAACAAUGAGCCAGAGGAUGAAGAAGGUUUCCCCCUCAAACGCAGACAUUAUUACCCCAACUGAGAGUAUGCUUAAAGGCUUUCAGGAGCGCCAGGCGUGGU